GCGUAAACGCGUCUUAACAUCAUGUCGCAUCAUCUCUUCCUCCUCUCCCCGUCAGAUACGCCUCUCUAUAGCCUCACACACCACUCUACGAAACCUGUUCCAAGCACAACCUCGCCUCUUGCAUCCAAUCUGCCGACAUGGUCAACAUCGGCGUUUGCUGGAACACUUACGGCGCUGUCAGGCGCGUCAAGCGCAACGCAACACACAACCGGUGGGGGUGUUCGGAUGGGGGGAGGACAGGACCGACAUGUGAUCCAGAUGAUUGCCAACGCGAGUCUUGAUGCGAUUGAGGAUACGAUGCGCAAAGAGAAUACAAUGUAUUUAAAAUCGGUGGACAAGUUUAAUGAAUGGACGGUGUCUGCGUUUGUUACAGCUGGAAACAUGAAGUUUGUGCUGCUGCACGAAGGCAAGAACGACGAAGGGAUCAGGGGAUUCUUUGCAGAGGUGUGGGAGUUGUACGUGAAGACGAUGAUGAACCCAUUCCACACGGCUCACAGUACAAUCCGAAGCAAUGUUUUUGACAGUCGAGUGCGGGCUAGUGCGAGAAAGUAUUUAUAGACAUUAAGUGUGACGUGUGUGAUGUGUUGUCUGCAUUGAUUGUGACAUGUGUGACGUGUUGUCCCUCUCUCUCUUACUCUCUCUCUUCUGUCACUGUCUGUGUCCACCCUUUUUACCUUUGUCUCUUUUCAACUUUUUAAAUAAUAUAUCAUCCAAAAUC